AUGUCCUCAUUGUUUCUCCUGGCCUUUGUCACCAGCAUCAAUGCGGUGGGGAGAAUCGUGCUGCAUUGUGUGGCGGGCGCCUACCUACAGAAAGCUGGAAUCCUUCACAAGGAGAUGAGAAAGGGUGUCUCGGAGAUGUUCGUCAAGCUGCUGCUGCCCUGCCUGCUUUUCACCAGGAUCCUGCCAAUCAUCUCUAUUGAGACACUCCCGAAGCUUGCGUGGUUGGCCCUGGCCAAUUUGGUCUAUGUGUCCACAGGUCUCCUCAUUGGUUCUUUGAGUGCCCUGCUGUGCCGCGUCCACUCCCAUAGCCUUCGACGGAUCAUGACCGCCACGCCAGCCAUUGGUCAUGCCAACACCAUUCCCUUCAUGUUGGUGGGCUUAAUCGUCUCCAAGGACCCAGCUUUUGAAGCAGAUCAUGGAACAGCUCAAGGAUAUGUUGCCUUGUAUAUGAUCAUGCAUAGCAUCACUCUGUGGGGCGUCGGCAUGAACGUCUUCACCAAGGAGAAGGAAGAGGAUUCAGCUGAUGCCCUUCCUGCCCCAUCAAUCCCAUCAGGCUCCAGCUCCGGGCUGCCUCUGCCGGUGGCUUUGGGGCGGCAGACAUCCGCAGCCACGGCCGAGUCGCCCGCGGCCAGCGUUGCGGGAAGGGCGGAGGGGACGGAGGGGACGGAGGCGCCAGGGCGACUGUCGAAGCUCAAGGCUUGGAUUCCUUCAUGGCUUAACCGACCAAUGGGAACGGCCAUGGUCACAGCCAUUCUGGGAUUCAUCCCUGGAAUCAAGGCGUUGUUCGUCUCCGGACCCUUGCGACCUGUCUUUGGUGCCAUGAACAGCUUGGGUACUGCUGGGCCAUCCAUCGUCCUGCUUUCAGUGGGCGCCUUGUUCACUGCCGAUGGCUUGCCCCGACCCUCACUGGUGGGCUAUGCGCCCUUGUGCGCCCUGGUGGUGGGCCGGUUGAUCAUCCUUCCAGCAUGUUGCAUUGCUUUGUGGAUGACCUUGCGACAUCACCUAUCUUUCUUCCCCAGUGACCCCGCUUUCAUGCUGGUGAUGUGCUUGGAAUGCUGUACGCCGACGGCUUACCAGUUGGUGACGGUGUGUAUCUUGCAAGGAAUCCGUUCCCAAGAACUGACCACAGGGCUUUUCUACCAGAACUUGACGGCCAUCGUCGUCAUGACAGCCUGGACCACCUUCAUCGUUUACUAUGUGAUUUGA